GUGGAGAGGGGUUGGAGAGUGGCGGAGAGUGGUGGAUAGCGGUGGAGACGGGAUGGGAGCUGGGCAUAAUGUGGGCUGUCCGCAAUCCCAAGGACCCCCGCCGCCCCACCAUGCACCGCCUGCACCUCGUGGCGCGCAGUGGCAAGCUGCACCCCAAGCGCCGCCAGUCCGCCCCGCCUGCUGCCAGCAAGGGCAAGAAGGGCAGCGACGCCGCUGUGAACGUCACCGCUGAGCCGUUUCUGCUGCGCGUGGCGUAUAACAACAAGCAGCUGGCUGUGCCGUUUGUGAUGGGGGAGGUGGUGGAGGGCGGGGGAGGGAGUGUGCUGGCGACAAACGGGAGUGGGUAUAGUGCGGGGGUGAGCAGUAGCAGUGGGUGGAUGGCUGAGGUGGGGGGUCGGGUGGAGGAUGGGAGAGGGAUUGGCAGCUGCGGCGGCAGUGGGGAGAGGGAUGGGUGCAGUGGGUUUACUCUGCGGUUGGAGGAGGUGGAGAAAUUCGGCCAGUUUGCCGUCGAGCGGUACGAGCUGGCGGUUGCUGACGUGGCACGGAUGAUCAUACGCGCACGCGUGGCGCAUCCAAUGCUGCAAACCCCGACAGACUCACAGGCGCACUUCAGUGUGGAAUUUCUUCUAGUGGAUUCCACUCCAGGCAUGCAUGGGGUGCUGGGGCAGACCUACCAGCAGGCACCUGAGAGGGCGGCACGGGUGGCAGGGGUGGUGGAGAGAGCGAGGAAGACGGGGCUUCCCGUGAUGACUGAUGAGGAGGCUGGGAAGGGGUUUUUGGAUGGGGAGGUGGGGGAUUAUGAGUCGACCCACAUUGGGGCGCCCAAUUGUAAAUUCACGCGGUUCGGCAAGAACGAUAGCGCAAGGGGCGCUUCGCCUUUCAGGAUUGACGCCAGUGGACUCCUCUGGUCGUCCCUCGCCCCCCCCAGCCCCCCCUUUCCCUCCCCCUCCCCAACCUUGUUGAGCGUGAAGUGGCAGAAGGAGGUGUUUGCAGGGGUGGAGAUCGACACACAGCAGCCGCCCCUAGUGUUCAAGGGGCAGCUCUACGCGCUCACUGGCGUGCCGCCCGACAGGCAGAAGAUCAUGGUCAAGGGCGGCCUGCUGCAGGUGCGAUAUGGUGCAGAAUCCUCAAAUGUGACUGACCCUGUGUUGUGUUUCCCCCCCUGCGUUGGCUGUCUGGACUGUGCUGGCUGUCUGGACUGUGCUGGCUGUCUGGACUGUGCUGGCUGUCUGGACUGUGCUGGCUGUCUGGACUGUGCUGGCUGUCUGGACUGUGCUGGCUGUCUGGACUGUGCUGGCUGUCUGGACUGUGCUGGCUGUCUGGACUGUGCUGGCUGUCUGGACUGUGCUGGCUGUCUGGACUGUGCUGGCUCUGCGUCUGCUGCUGCGUGUCCGUCUGAUGAUUAUGAUGAUGGGCACGGCAGGCGCAGCUCCAGUGGCGCCCACCCAGCACGUCACCUAUUCCCCACACCUACUUUUGAGUUGACUCAAAACGAGGUGACUUUUGAGUCGACUCAAAACGAGGUGACUUUUGAGUCGACUCAAAACGAGGUGACUUUUGAGUCGACUCAAAACGAGGUGACUUUUGAGUCGACUCAAAACGAGGUGACUUUUGAGUCGACUCAAAACGAGGUGACUUUUGAGUUGACUCAAAACGAGGUGACUUUUGAGUCGCCUCAAAACGAGGUGACUUUUGAGUUGACUCAAAACGAGGUGACUUUUGAGUCGACUCAAAACGAGGUGACUUUUGAGUCGACUCAAAACGAGGUGACUUUUGAGUCGACUCAAAACGAGGUGACUUUUGAGUCAACUCAAAACGAGGUGACUUUUGAGUCGCCUCAAAACGAGGUGACUUUUGAGUCGACUCAAAACGAGGUGACUUUUGAGUUGACUCAAAACGAGGUGACUUUUGAGUCGACUCAAAACGAGGUGACUUUUGAGUCAACUCAAAACGAGGUGACUUUUGAGUCGCCUCAAAACGAGGUGACUUUUGAGUCGACUCAAAACGAGGUGACUUUUGAGUCGACUCAAAACGAGGUGACUUUUGAGUCGACUCAAAACGAGGUGACUUUUGAGUCAACUCAAAACGAGGUGACUUUUGAGUCGACUCAAAACGAGGUGACUUUUGAGUCGACUCAAAACGAGGGCCAGCGGCUGAUGAUGAUGGGCACAGCGGACGCAGCUCCAGUGGCGCCCGCCCCAUAUGUCCCUCACACCCACAUACCCCUUCCCACAUACCCGUUCCCACAUACCACCCGCCCCGCAUACCCUGCCCCACCCUGUAUCACCAUGCAGGGGCAGCGCCUGAUGAUGAUGGGCACGGCAGACGCAGCUCCAGUGGCGCCCGCCCAGGCAGUCGUGUUCGUGGAGGACCUGCCCGAGGAGGAGCAGGAGGCCGCUGCACAGAAGGAGUGGUCAGCGGGGUUGGAGAAUCUGGGCAACACGUGCUACAUGAACGCCACGCUGCAGUGCCUCCACUCUGUGCCGCCCCUGCGCUCCGCCCUCUCCCAGUACGCCCCAUCGAGUGGCAUAGAGGCGGACAGCUCGCACCGCCUGGCGCUGGCAGCGAGGGACCUCUUUGGGGAGCUAGACAAGUCCCGCCGCCCCGUCACUCCCCUGCGCUUCCUAAUGGUGAAUGCUUCUCUUCCCUUCCCCUUCCCAUCCCUUUCCAUCACCCCAUUCCCUCCCUUCCACUCUCCGCCCUCCUCCUUUUCAUCCCUCACCCUCCCCCUCACGUGCCCUCGUCCGCCGCGGCCUCACUUGCUCAUGCCAGCCCUGCUAAGGCAGAGAUUCCCGCAGUUCGCCCAGCAGGGAGAGCAUGGUGCAUACAUGCAGCAGCGCCUCUUUCUGAUCCGACUCAGAAAUCGUAUCCCUUUCUCCUCUGUUACUCCCCUUCCCUUCUUCCUCUGUUACUCCCCUUCCCUUCCUCAUCACCUACAGGAUGCGGAGGAGUGUUGGACGCAGCUGCUCUUCUCGCUCGCCCAACGCCUCCGCAGCGUCAGGCAGCCGUGCGUGCUGCCCCUCCCUCCCGCCUCCCUCUUCUGUCCUCCGCCUCCCUUUUCUUGCUUCCCCUCCCCCUGCUGCCUUCUACCGAUCUCUGCUCCCUUCGACCGCACUCUGCUCCCUUCCACUGGCCUCUGCUCCCUUGCACCGCUCUCUGCCCCUUUCCACCCAGCUCUUCAUGAUGACCUCUUCUGCACUGUGGUGAGUGCUGUUCGGCUGUUGCUGAGGGAUCACUGCAUACGCAUGCGUGCUCCUCAUGUGGCAACCGUCCUUGUGUCUCUGUCUGUGGAUGCUGCCUCGUGCUCACCCCUCCCUGUGCUGCCUCGUGCUCACCCCUCCAUGUGCUGCUGGGUGCGGUGUGCGGAGGGAGGGGAGGGCGCGGAGGGCAACGGGGAGGAGAGCGAGGAGAAGGAGACAGCGUUCAUGCUGAAAUGCCACAUCAGCAGCGACGUUAACCUGUUGCAUGAAGGCAUCAAGAGGGGCCUAAGGACGGAGCUCGAGAAGGUAUCGGCAUCGCUCGGCCGCUCCGCUGUCUUUGCAAAGGAGUCUCUCAUCGCCCGUCUUCCCCACUACCUCACGGUGCAGUUUGUGCGUUUCUUCUGGAAGCGCGAGUCGCAGCAGAAGGCCAAGAUCCUCCGGAGGGUGACGUACCCCCUCGUGUUGGACGUCUAUGACUUCUGCACGCCAGAGCUCAGAGCGAAGCUGGAUGGGCCCAGGAAACGCCUGCGCCUGGCGGAUGACAUCAAGGCGGGAUUGGUUGAGGGCAAGGGGAAGGGCAAGGAGGGGGAGGCGGACGCGGGGGGGAAGGAGGGGGAGAAGAUGGAGGUGGAAGGGGGCAGUGCGGCUAAGGGGCUGGGAGGGGCAGCGGAGGGGAGUGGGAGUGCGGAGGGGAAGACAGGGGGGGCGGCACAGGGAGCAGAGGCGAAGGGCGGAGCGGGGGAGGCAGGAGAGGGGAAGGAGGAGGGAGGGGGAGGAGCAGCAAUGGAUGUGGAUGGGACUGCGACCGCACAGGCUUCUGAUGCGACUGCCGCCACAGCCGCAGACAGCAAGGAGAGCGGAGAAGGUAGGGGCCAUGACCAUGGGCAUCUGUCUCCAUUAGAUUCCUCCUCCUCCUCCUCCUCCUCCUCCUCCUCCUCCUCCUCCUCCUCCUCCUCCUCCUCCUCCUCCUCCUCCUCCUCCUCCUCCUCCUCCUCCCCCUCCUCCUCCUCCUCCCCCUCCCCCCCGCCAUCCCGCCCAUCCCUCAACGCACCCACGGGGCUGUUCAACCUGGCGGCAGUGCUGAGCCACAACGGCAGGAGUGCGGCUUUGGUUUUGGGCAAGUGUGUGAUCCUCUCAAUUCCAUUCAUCUGUGCUGCUUCCUACCUCCCCCGCUCCUUACCGGUCCACCCAUCCAAAGGGCUGUUCAGCUCCACAGGGCUGUUUGACCUGACGGCAGUGCUGACACACAAGGGCAGGAGCGCGGACUCAGGGCAUUAUGUGGCAUGGGUUAAGCAGGAGAGUGGCAAGUGGAUCGAGUUUGAUGACGAGCAGCCCAUCAUGCGCAACGAGGAGGAGAUCAUCAACCUCGCAGGGGGAGGUGACUGGCACAUGGCAUAUAUUCUGCUCUACAAGGCCCGCCUUGGAUAG